UUACGCUCCACACGAUCAAGGAUUCAAACUUUACAACGUUCCCAUAGACCUGCAGUUAACAUGAUUAUGUGUUCGUCAACCUCAGUGCUACCUGUUGAUCUCUGAAAAAGUUUAACACAAUUUUUAUGCGUAGAAACGCAACAUGUUAAACGGUGCACAUAUCACAUCCCAUGAUUACAGUAGUGUCAACAAUGCUAGUGAUAAAUAUGAAUAUUCCAACUAUUCAUUCUUCAAUAUUGACGAUGCCUCAUUGUACUCUACACCCUCCAUCGCGUACGGAAGUAACAUCACGAAUACGACAUUGGAGAUCACCUUCAUACUUCCGGUGUGGCGGCAAGUGUUGUGGACCCUACUGUUCGUAUGUAUGGUUAUCGUCGCCACAGUGGGAAACUUGGUCGUUGUCUGGAUUGUGCUGGCCCACAAAAGAAUGCGAACUGUGACCAACUACUUUCUUGUGAAUUUAUCGGUAGCUGAUGCGAUGGUUUCGACACUCAACGUCACAUUCAAUUACACUUACAUGCUGAAUCUCGACUGGCCGUUCGGCAACCUGUAUUGUAAAAUAUCGCAAUUUGUGGCAAUACUCAGCAUCUGUGCGUCCGUUUUCACGCUGAUGGCCAUUUCCAUCGAUAGAUAUAUGGCCAUAAUGAACCCCUUGAGGCCUCGGAUGGGGAGAAGGGCCACUCUAUGCAUAGCAGCUGCCAUCUGGAUAGUAAGCAUCAUUAUCUCCAGUCCUAUGUUGUUAUUUUUUACAACCUAUGAUCUACAAGAACGGGUAGUCUGUUACGCAGAAUGGCCAGACGGUCCCUCAAACCAUUCUUUGCAGGAAUACUUAUAUAACGUAAUUUUCAUGUUUUUGACGUAUUUCUUACCAAUCGGAUCAAUGUCCUUUACGUAUGCUCGAGUGGGGUUGGAGUUGUGGGGAUCGAAAAGCAUCGGUGAGUGUACACAAAGGCAGCUGGAGAACAUCAAAAGCAAACGAAGGGUGGUUAAAAUGAUGAUGGUCGUGGUUGCCAUAUUUGCGGUGUGCUGGUUGCCGUUCCAGAUAUAUUUCAUAGCUACGUCAUACUAUCCGGAGUUAACCGACAAACCCUACAUUCAGGAGGUGUAUCUCGGUAUCUACUGGCUGGCGAUGAGUAAUUCAAUGUACAAUCCUAUUAUCUACUGCUGGAUGAACUCGAGGUUUCGGCGAGGAUUCCAGCAGUUUUUUAGAUGGUGUCCUUUCAUUAGAAUAAGUCCAGAUGUGCUAACACGACGAGGCGCCGUCAACUCGCGUUACUCCUGCUCGGGCUCUCCGGAUCAUCAUCGUAUCGUGCGAAAUGAUACGGAAAGGUCGUUCCUGUACACCUGCCCGGGUUCGCCCAAGACACAACGAAGAUCUCAAGGAUCCGUUCACAUUCCAAUGCACUUGUCUACGUGUCAACAUCACCCAGCAACUAGUUCAACUUCCUUUUCGCAAAAACUUCCGUCAAGGAAUGAAAGCUUCCCGACCAGAUCAAACACGAUGACAUCAAGCAAUGGACAUCAUAUUCAACACCGCUAUCACAACCAACAUCAUCAACAAGAUCAGCAGCAGCCACGGUGGAAUAGUAAGAGCAUCAGUAACAACAUCAACAAUAGACCCGCUCUUCUAUCAAGCAAUCUCAAUAGCUUUAAAAACAAUAGUGCCCUCGGCCCAUUCAAUAACGAUGACAUUUCCAACAACGCUGAUAACCAAUUGCUGUCCUGACUUGACACGUCUUCGUGAAGGAAAACAAACAAGAUUAUAGGCACAUUCUGCAUGCUACAGUAUCGGACAAAUCAUUCGCAAUUCUCCAGUCACAAAAUGGGAAGUGAAGGUUAAGCUAAUAAAAGCGUGAUAUGUUAUGGAUAUGUUUUACAAAGUAUAUGAAAGGCAUUCUUCAUUGAGAACUGUGAUGCAAAAUACACUAUGAUAGAUAUAAUUCUACUGGAACACAAAUUAUGCGUUCGUAGGCCUCUUUUGUCAUUCUUCUCAACAGGCUGCUGGAGAUGCGAAUGUUUUGGCUAAUGCUGUACUUAAUCAUUAAGCGGAACAGCGAGAUGGCUAUCACCGUUAUUUGUAUAAACUUACCCCCUCAUAAUUAGGUGAGAAUAAGUUUUCCCAUCCAAAUGAACCAGGCCAGGCAAUAUGUAGCAAACGCUAAAUGGACCAACUAUAUUAGAUGUAAAAAUUGUUACCUUAGGUCAAGCUCUUUCAUUUCCCCUAUCACGAUAUUGCUGUUGAACUGUUGGAAUGUGAUGUGAAGAAUAUCGAACUGGAACAACGUCAUUUUAUCAGUGUUAGACACCUGCUAAAAUAUGAAAAUGAAUUUAAGUUGAAACCAUUGU